AUGUAUGGGUCAGGAUUUUUUUUAUCCCGAGUCGAAAACCACAUCGCGAGGAAACCUAUAGGGUUUACCAGAAGACAACACGAAAAUCCAGCUGAGGAAACUUCCAACACUACUACUGCCACUAAUUCGACGACAGUGCCAGAUAUCCUUAAACAGGAAGUAGUUGAAUUUUCCCCUGACCAUGCAUUUUACAUUAAUCCUCUCUUGUCAUCAGGACAUACACAAACUGCUUAUUCAGCCAUAAAUAAAUUUGAUAAAGUGCAUCAAGUUUAUUACAAGAGACAAAUUAUAAAUGUUGAAGACAAGACAUAUACUGUACCUGAUGGUGACCGUGUCAAAUAUGAUCAGUGGAAGGGCCAAUCUACCGUUGCUAUUGAUUAUGCAUUUAAUAAAGACAACUUUGACCAUGAUGCUAACCAUUUACAAUAUAAGCCAUCGCAUCAAGGCGACAAAUUACCACCAAGAACCGAGUUUAAAAACCCGGAUCAAGAAUUUAUCAAUGAUUCUGAUGAUAAGCCAUUGUUGAUUGCAUUGCAUGGAUUAUCGGGUGGAUCAUACGAAGCAUACAUUAGAGCAGUUAUGGAGAAAGCAGUCGAUGCUCCAUACAAUUUUGAUGCUAUAGUGUUAAACUCACGUGGGUGCGCCUGGCAUACUAUAACUAGUCCUCAAUUAUACAAUGGGCUAUGGACCAAUGAUUUACGAUACUUCAUCAAUGAAUUUGUCACCAAAAAGUGGCCCAACAAGCGCAUUUACUUGAUUGGGUUUUCACUUGGUGGCGCUAUAUUGGCCAACUAUUUGGGCCAAGAAGCUGAUACAGUGUCUCCACAAAUUAAGGGAGCAGCAAUGUUUGGUACUCCAUGGGAUUUCCCUGAUGGUGCCUAUCAUUUGCGCGAUAGUAUUAUUGGCAAUCAAGUUUAUUCACCAACAAUGUGUCAAAAUUUAUUAAAACUAUUGACCCGUCAAGGUGAUUUAAUGAGCGAAUCACAUGAUGUGAUUAAGCAAUAUAAACAAGAUCCGACCCAAUUCCAAUUGAAGUUUUUAAGAGAUUUUGAUGAUUAUUUUACUAGUCGAUUAUUUGGGUUGAAUUCAGCUAAUGAGUAUUAUCGAUUAGCAUCACCCAUACAACGAUUAAUGAAGAUUAGAGUGCCUACUUUGAUCAUUAGUUCUAAAGAUGAUCCUAUAACGGGGUCUAGAUCAUUACCUUACUCAGAAACAGAGUUGAAUCCAUAUGUGACCAUGGUGACUACGACAACUGGUGGCCAUUUAGGAUGGUUUACUUGGAAUGGAGGUAGAUGGUAUACGUCCCCCAUAUGUCAGUUUUUCAAUGAGUUACAUAAAUGGGAUGUUGAUCUGAGUAGUAUAGAUAAGGAUGUUGAUUUACCAUUUGAUAUUUCACGUAGUUGGAAAUAUGACAGAUUGGUGGAUCAUAUGUUGGUGGAUUGA